AUGGAACGAGAAAACCAAAGCACGGUGACGGAAUUCAUCUUCGCCAGAUUCGCCAGCAUCCCAGAUCUGCAAACCCCGCUGUUUGUGGUGUUCUCCCUCAUGUACCUGGCCGUUGUGACUGGAAACAUUGUCAUCAUCAUCACAAUAAGGCGUGACUCCAGCCUCCACCCCCUCCCCAUGUACUUCUUCCUCGCCGUUCUCUCCAGUUCAGAAACUUUCUACACUUUCACCAUUAUCCCCAACAUGCUUGUAAAUCUUCUAAGAGAAAAAGCUACGAUUUCAUUCAUUGACUGUGCUGUUCAGAUGUGUUCGUUCCUGAGCUUUGGGUGUACAAACUGCAUGCUUCUCACCGUGAUGGGCUACGACCGCUACGUGUCCAUAUGUAAACCUUUGCAUUAUCCGGUUCUCAUGAAUCAGGGACUCUGUACUAAAUUGGUUGUCGUUUCAGCAUCAGCUGGUUGUUUUUUUUCUACCCUUGACACGAUUAUCAUAUUUACCUUGCCAUUCUGUGGGCCGAAUAAAAUCCACCACUUCUUUUGUGAUUUAGCACCUCUGCUCAGGCUGGCCUGUGGCCGAAAUUACAUCGGGGAAACGGUCAUUUUUAUUUUUUGCAUUUUGGUGAUAUUUUGCCCAUUCCUUCUGGUCCUGCUGUCCUAUCUUUUAAUCUUAAACACGAUCCUGAAAAUCCCCACCACAGACGGGAAGCGGAAAGCCUUUUCCACUUGCGCCUCCCAUCUCAUUGUGGUGGUUGUGCACUUUGGAUGUGCUUCCAUUAUUUACCUUAGGCCCCAAUCCAGGUACACUUUGAAUGAGGACACGUUUAUCUCCAUCACCUAUACACUGGUGACACCAAUGCUGAAUCCUGUCGUUUACAGCCUGAGGAACAAGGAUGUCCAAAUAGCUCUCAGGAAAUCCCUGGGCAGAAGCAUGUGCAGCUGGAAGAUGUGA